UUUGGUUGUUGCACCGAUGUCUGUGACAAAGAGCAGAUCGACAGUCAUCGACGUCACAGUGCCAUUCUUCUACGUCAACUCAGCUCUUAUAUUCGGCAAACAAGAUCCCAAUACCAACAAAUGGUUGACCCUACUCUCCCUGUUCCGCUAUGAGGUUCUUAUUUGUAUCCUCGUCUCCCUCAUCUUCUCGACUGUCUUCCUCUUUCUGAUAGAAGAAGUGACACCUGUCCCUUCGUGGACUGACGACAGACCCACGGAUAUGCCGACCCGUUAUGGGGAUAUACUCUGGUAUCAUUUUGGAGCCCUAAUGGCGAACGGAGGAGCAUAUCUCCCCAACACAGAGUCCGGACGUACAAUGCUCAGCUUUUGGUGGCUGUUCACGGUGAUAAUGGCGGCUAUCUACAGUGGUAAUCUCAUAGCCUUCCUCGCCGACGGACGAGAGAAACCUCCCUUCUCCAACCUGGCUGAGAUGACGCAGCAGGACACCUACCGGUGGGGGUUUGUAGGAGGAUCUGCAUUGGUCACUCUCUUUCAGGAAUCCAACAUAUCCGUCUAUCAGAAAAUAUGGCAACAUGUGGAGGUAAACGUGGCCAAUGACCCUGAUUGGUUGACUCAAGAGGGCGACGAGCACCUGCGCCGAGCGGCCGAGAGCAAGUACGUCUACCUCGCGGAAGAGUCUACAUUGGAGAUGUGGGACGGCCCACGGCGGUGUGCUUUACAAAUGCUGAGCGACAACUUCUAUUUCAGCAAAUAUGCAGUUGGACUACCAAAGGACAGUAUAUAUACACAGCUCUUCUCCAAACAGUGA